GCCAAUCAGAAUUCACCGGAAGUAUCUGUUACUAGACCAAACAACCUGCAACAGAAAGGUACGCGAAAAGAGAUACUUUGGAGACUUGAAAAUCCCGAAGUUACUUUAUCAUGGCUAGGCGUAAGCAGGAAGCGCAGCUGCAGCAAGAAAUUGAGACUCAGGAAGAAUGGGAGGACAUGCUCUCAAAAGAGGGCCUCUUUGUUGUAGAUGUUUAUCAGCAGUGGAGUGGAAGAUGUGCUUGCAUUUUACCUCUUCUUAAAAGGAUAGGUGUAGAAACGGGUGGUGAUUCCAAUCUCCAUUUUAGAGUUGCUAAAGCAGACACCAUUGAUGCUCUGGAGAAGUAUCGGGGACAUUGUGAACCAUGCUUUCUCUUCUAUGCUGGAGGUGUUUUGGUAGCAGUAGUCAGGGGAGCUAACUCUCCCAAAAUUCUGAGAACCAUCACUGAACAGCUACAACAAGAGCAUAAAGUCAUUGAUGGACAGUCAGAGAGGAAGGAGAUAAAGGAUCCUUACAUUUCUCAGCUGGAAUCUCAAGAAAAAUUGGAUGAGGACGAUCAAGAGAAAGAGGAGGAAGAUGCGAAAAACCGUCCACAAUCUCGGUUUGCCAAAGAGGGAAAGAAAGAGAUCACCGUUUGUCUCAUCAAGCCUGAUGCUGUGGCCGCCGGAAAAGUGCCCGAGAUCAUUGCUGAUAUUGAGGCCCAUGGCAUCGAAAUCCUGAAGAAUGAAGAGCGCCACCUAACAGAGGAGGAAGUCAGGAGUUUCUACAGUCACCUGCAGGAGGAGCCAUUCUUCGAUGAACUGGUCAGCUUCAUGACCAGUGGAAACUCCCACGUCCUGGUCCUUACAAAGGGAAGAACGGGAGAAAACGUCAUCAGCGAGUUCAGGGAUCUGAUUGGUCCCACAGCGGUCGAGGAAGCUAAGGAGGCAAAGCCUGAGAGCUUGAGAGCCAAGUAUGGUGAAAAGACAUUCAUGAAUGCUCUUCAUGGCAGCAGCUCAGAAGAUAUGGCAAUGAGGGAAUUAGCCUUCUUCUUCCCAGACUAUGCUGCUCCACCUGCAGAAGGAAAGCCCAAACUUCAGAGAACGUUAGCUCUUAUUAGACCAGAUGCCUUCAAGAACCAUAAAGAGGAUAUCCUGGCAACUAUUAGUGAAGCUGGCUUUAAGGUGGCCAUGCAGAAGGAGAUGCAGCUCACCAGAGAGAUGGCUGAAGAGUUCUACAAGGAACACAAAGGCCAAGAUUACUUCGAGGAACUCAUCACGAGGAUGACAUGUGGUCCUGUUUUGGCUCUUGGCCUGGCUAGAGAGGAUGCCAUCACAGGCUGGAGACACAUGCUGGGACCCACUGAAGUAGAAAAAGCCAAAUCAGAGGCACCAGAGAGUUUACGAGCAAAGUUUGCUCUUGAAGAAACCAAGAUCAACAUGUUGCAUGGAUCAGAUUCAGAAGAGACAGCCAAGAAAGAAUUGGAAUUCUUCUUCCCAAUGGAACAGACAGUUGCAGUCAUUAAACCUGAUGCUGUUGGAACAAAGGAUGAGAUUAUUGACAGAAUCCAUGAGUCUGGAUUCAGGAUUGCAGCACAAAAAGAAACGAAUUUAACCCGAGAGCUGGCAGAAGAGUUCUAUGCUGAGCACAAAGGAAAGGAAUACUAUGAUGAUUUAGUGGAACACAUGACUAGUGGACCAACUUACAUAAUGGUGCUAUCACGAGAGGAUGCCGUCCAAGGAUGGAGACAGGUCAUUGGUCCAACUGACCCCGAAAAGGCUAAGGAAGAGAACCCGGACUCAUUACGUGCAGCUUACGGCAAAAAUAUUCUCCAAAAUGCAGUUCAUGGUAGCUCAACGGCUGAGCACGCGGACGUGACUGUGAAGAAGAUAUUUGGUGAUUUAAAAUUUGCACCAGAUGGUACUGUCAUAGCUGAGGAUGUCCCAGAGCAACAAGAGAAGAAAGAAGGUGAGGAGGAUACAGAGGCAGGAGAAGGGAAGGAACCAACUAAUGAGACCAAUGAACCCGUUUUAUCAGAAGAACCCACAGAAAAAACACAACAAGAACCUGUGACAACUUCAAAUACUGAGAAAGAACAGACUGCACCUGAGUUUAAAGAAGAAGAGAAGAAGGAAGAAGAACCACCAAAGGAAGAUGCCACUAAGGAAGAGUCCAAACCAGCAGAAGAGUCCAAACCAGCAGAGGAAGAGUCCAAACCAGCAGAAGAGUCCAAACCAGCAGAGGAAGAGUCCAAACCAGCAGAAGAGCCUAAACCAGAGGUAGAGUCCAAACCAGCAGAAGAGGCACCAAAGGAAGAAGAGAAAAAACCAGAAUCACCAAAGCCUAAUGAGGAACAAAAAGCUGAAGAACCUAAAAGUGAAGAGGCAAAAACUGAUGACGCCAAAGCUGAGGAGGCUAAAGCAGAGGAAAGUGAACCAAAAACUGAACAAACUGAAUCAAAUGAAGAACAGAAGCCAGCUGAAGAAGGAGAGAAGAAAGAAGAAGAGAAGAAGGAGGAGGAAAAGAAGGAAGAAGCACCAGCUGAACAAGGUUGAAUGGUUGAAAUAUAUUUAGGACAGAUUAUAAGAUUAUGUGAAAUGAAAAUGAUUCCAACGAAGACAAUUUUCAAUGUGACCGAAGACCAAGAGAUUGUGAGAGUACAAUGGACAAAAAAUACUGUGACCUGUUGCCAUUGUUGAUAUGUGUGCACAAGUGCUUAUAUCGUGAUUUUUACUCCGUCCAGAAAGCCUUCAGUUUGUGAUAAAAAAAACAUUAUAUUAUUCUUCAUUGUUUAUUUUUGUUUCUAAAGGUAUUCAUUUACUGUACCUUUUGCCUUCAAAAUGUCUGUUAUUUUUUACAAUAUGACAGUUUAAUGCCUUCUAAUUUAUAUUUGGCUAUUAAUACUUAAUUUUGUGGAUAUAUUUAUUAGGAAUUAUUGUUUUUAUUAUGAGUAAAAUUUGUAUUGCAAUUUAAGAGUGACUUACUGUC